AUGAACCGCGCUUUCAUGGGUGCCGCGUUAGGAUUCUUUACAACGGGUCUACCCUUGACUGUCUGUGUCCUCAAUCUUCCACAAAGAUUUCAAACCGUCAACGGAAGCUCACCGAUUGGAGCGGGCGUCAAGCUAUUGGCAUUUGCGCUGAGCUGUCCUAUUGGUAUCAUGGCCUGUUCAUUCUUGGCUGGCCGUCUCAGAGUGCCGUUCAGUUACAUCGCGUUAUUUGGUAUUAUCUUUCAGGCUAUAGGGUUGUUUCUUUUCUCGGGAAUCGCGUCUACCACGGAGCUUUGGACGGGCCAAUUCGGAUAUCUGGCACUGGGUGGGCUGGGUGUAGGUCUAUCUAUGGCUACAUUCACCAUGAUCGCGCCACUUGUGGUGAAUGAAAAGGAUCAGUCGAUCGCCUUGGGAAUUGGACUGCAGCUUCGAAUGCUUGGUGGUGUUUUGGGCGUGGCAGCGUCAGCUGCUAUUCUCAAUCAUUAUCUCCAAAGCCGGCUCUCAUCCAUCCUCCCACCUGAAGAGCUGAGCGCCCUUUUAGAAACAACCGAAGCAAUUCUUACAUUUCCACCAGAGAUCCAGAUUAGUGUCCGCGAGGUUUUCGCAAUGGCUUACAGCGCACAGAUCAAGCUUUCGGCGGCAUUUUCUGUCGCCCAAUUGUUGGCCCUUGCGAUGAUCUGGAGAAGACCGAAUAUCAGAUAUCUCAAGGAGUGA